AUGGAUUUUGUCAACAAGUUCACGGGCGGCGACCAGAAGAACGAGCAGCAGACUGCUGGCUCUGCCGAGCAGAAGCAGGAGGGCGGAGGCUUCUUCAGCGGUCUUGGAAACAAGGCCAACGAGGCUGCUGGCGGCGGUGCGGCUGGCGAGAAAAACGAAGACAUGCUCGACAAGGGUGUCGAUUUCGUCCAGGAGAAGUUCCUUGGCCAGGGCGCGCAGGACAACGAGUCUGCCCUUGAGCAAGCGAAAGACGAAAAGAUCAGCGACUUCAUUCGUGGUCAGUACAAGAACGCGAGUGGCAGCGAUGUGCCCAUCAAGGACAAGCCAACGACCUUCGACUAG